AGGGGUUGCAAUGCAUGCAAGAGAUGCAAUGCAUGCAAAGGCUGCAGGGGUUGCAAUGCAUGCAAGAGAUGCAAUGCAUGCAGGGGUUGCAAUGAAUGCAAAGGCUGCAAUGCAUGCAGGGGUUGCAAUGAAUGCAAGAGCUGUAGGGGCUGCAAUGCAUGCAGGAGUUGCAGGGGCUGCAAUGAAUGCAAAGGCUGCAGUGCAUGCAGGGGAUGCAGGGGUUGCAAUGCAUGCAGGGGUUGCAAUGCAUGCAAGAGCUGCAAUGGAUGCAGGGGCUGCAGGGGCUGCAGGUGUUGCAAUGCAUCCUGGAGCUGCAGGAGCUACAAUGCAUGCAAAGGCUGCAGGGGUUGCGAUGAAUGCAAAGGCUGCAGUGCAUGCAGGGGGUGCAGGGGGUGCAAUGAAUGCAAGAGCUGCAAUGGAUGCAGGGGCUGCAAUGCAUGCAAUGGGUGCAGGGCAUGCAGGGGUUGUAGGGGCUGCAAUGAAUGCAAAGGCUGCAGAGGUUGUAGGGGCUGCAAUGAAUGCAGGAGCUGUAGGGGCUGCAAUGAAUGCAAAGGCCGCAGGGGUUGUAGGGGCUGCAAUGGAUGCAGGGGCUGCAAUGCAUGCGGGGGCUGCAAGGGUUGUAAUGAAUGCAGGAGCUGCAAUGGAUGCAGGGGGUGCAAUGGAUGCAGGGGUUGCAAUGGAUGAUGCAGGGGCUGCAUUGGAGCUGCAGGGCGUGCGUGUGCUGCUGUCCCCCCCCCCCUGCUCGUUGCCCCCCCCCCAGUUGCUGGUGCUGGUUCCCAGCAGCCCCAGCAAUGCAGAGCAGCGACGAGCCGUGCGCAGCACAUGGGGGGCACAGAGACCCCCCCAUAGCAGGACCGUGUUCGGAUUUGGGGUGCCCAUGGGGGAGGACCAGGACCUGCGCUAUGGGGCAGGACCACAGGACCCCAUACAGGACCAGGCCCAGCGCUAUGGGGCAGCGUAUCAGAACCCCAUUAAGGACCAGGCCCAGCGCUAUGGGGCAGGACCCCAGGACCCCAUUAAGGACCAGGCCCAGCGCUAUGGGGCAGAGCCACAGAACCCCAUUAAGGACCAGGCCCAGCGCUAUGGGGCAGCGGAUCAGGACCAGACCCAUCGCUAUGGGGCAGGACCCCAGGACCCCAUAUCUGACUAUAGGGCAGCAGACCAUGACCCCAUAUCCACCCACGCCCGUCGCUAUGGGGCAGGACCUCAGGACCAGACCCAGCGCUAUGGGGCAGGACCACAGGACCCCAUUAAGGACCAGGCCCAGCGCUAUGGGGCAGGACCACAGGACCCCGUAUCUGAUCGCUAUGGGGCCGUGGAUCAGGACCAGGCCCAUCGCUAUGGGGCAGGACCCCAUGACCCCAUAUCCACCCACACCCAUCGCUAUGGGGCAGGACCCCAGGACCCCAUAUCUGAUCGCUAUGGGGCAGGACCACAGGACCCCAUAUCUGACUAUAGGGCAGCAGACCAUGACCCCAUAGCGUCCCACACCCGUCGCUAUGGGGCAGGACCACAGGACCAGACCCAGCCCUAUGGGGCAGGACCACAGAACCCCAUAUCCACCCACACCCAUCGCUAUGGGGCAGGACCACAGGACCCCAUAUCUGAUCGCUAUGGGGCAGGACCCCAAGACCCCAUAGCAGCCCAUACCCAUCGCUAUGGGGCAGGACCACAGGACCCCAUAUCAUCCCACGCCCAGCGCUAUGGGGCAGCACAUCAGGACCAGGCCCAGCGCUAUGGGGCAGGACCACAGGACCCCAUAUCCACCCACACCCCCAUAUCUGAUCGCUAUGGGGCAGGACCACAGGACCCCAUAACAUCCCAUGCCCGCCGCUAUAGGGCCGUGGAUCAGGACCAGGCCCAGCGCUAUGGGGCAGGACCCCAUGACCCCAUAUCUGAUAGCUAUGGGGCAGGACCACAGGACCAGACCCAUCGCUAUGGGGCAGGACCCCAUGACCCCAUAUCAUCCCACGCCCGCCGCUAUGGG